GACCCUCACCAACUUCAAACCCCACUCCUCACUUCCUCACUUCCCCACUUCCCCACUUCUCCAUCUCUCAUUUUCCCCUUUACCAAUCUUCUCUUUUCUCUGCCAUGGCUACCACCAACCCUUUUCUCGCUCUCUUUUCUCUUGCAUUCCUCGCACUACAAUUCUCCCCCCUUUCCGCCGCAAAUGAUGCUCCAGCGCCGGGGGUCGACUGUUCUAGUCUCAUCCUCAACAUGGCCGACUGUCUCUCUUUCGUUUCCAACGACAGCACCACCAGCAAGCCUCAAGGAACCUGCUGUUCUGGCCUCAAGACCGUCCUCAAGGCCGACGCUGACUGUCUUUGCGAAGCCUUCAAGAACAGCGCUCAAUUAGGCGUCGUACUCAACGUCACUAAAGCCCUCUCUCUCCCUGCUGCUUGCAAAGUCUCCGCUCCCGCUGCAUCUAACUGUAAAUUGUCGAUUUCUCCUGCUUCUUCUCCAGCUGUUACGCCAUCAGGUGCUCCAAAAUCAGCGGAGGCAGCGUCGCCGGUGGUGAGCGAGCCCACGGGGGCUCCUGCCCCUGGAAAGUCGGGAGCGACGGCGACGGGAGGUUUGGGGUCAGUUGGAUCUGUAAUGACGGCCAUCGGGGUUGCUCUGUUGUGCAGCCUGUGAAGGGGGGGUCGAUGAUGCGGCGUCGUUUUGGUUGGGAAAAGGGAAAUUUGUUAAGUAUGCUAUUUUAUUUCAAUUUUUGUGGAAGGGAGAAUAUUUGUUGGGUUGGGAGUGUUUGAUUUUGGGUUUCUCUUGUGGGUAUAAUUUGUGGUGUGUGACACAAAGCCAUCUUAUAAUAUUCUUUUCUUUUUUUACUCUCUAUUA